CUCAACCCAGGCCUAAAAAUGGAAACAAACACCACUCUGCCCCAUGACUGGAAAAAACCACCACGCCGUUUGAAGCCUCGCAAUUAGUGACCAAAACAAAAAAAGCUUGGCAAUCUUUCUCCGAUUGCUAGCCUUGAGACUUGAGAGGCAUUCGAUAUGAGUGAGAUGAUGGUUCUAUCUUCUGAAACGGCGUCGUCUCAGUCCCACCCCCACCCCCUCCUUGAAUAACCCUAACUCCCUAAGCCUCGUCUCUGAACCUCCUGCCCUCGUCUCUCUGUCUCUGCUCUCUGGAGAUCGGCGCCGGCAGUGGGCAGCCCCUCGCCCUCACUUCGUCUCUCCCCUCGUCGUAAGUUCGUCACUCCUUCGGCGUCGUCAGUUCGUCACUCUCUGUCUCUGGGUCUCUCACCUCGUCGCUCUCUCGGUCUCUCACUGUGAGUCCGUGACCCUGCGUUCGCUUCGUCAGAACCAGUGAAGCAGCAUCUGCUCCCUCGGGUGGUGGUGGUCGUCGUCGUCUUCUCAACCAGAUGUAUGUGCAGGCUGUUGUGAAGAUAAAGUCAAUGCGGUUUUAAAGCUUUUGAUUCUAUGAUAUCAUUUCCUUGGUUGCAGAAUGGAAGAGAAAGGGAAUGAGCAAGGAUCAAAUGUUUCAGCGGCAGGGGUAUUUGAGAUACCAGGAGAGCCUGCUAUCGUAAUCAAUGGUGUGCCUGAAAUAACCCCCAGUGAGAAAACUGAUUCUGUGCAUAAUGCUUCAGGCGGCACCGUUGAAAAAGAAUACACCCCUUUGGAUUUGGGUGAAUGGUUUGAAGGGAGGGAGGUUCGAAAGUGGUUCAUGGGAAGGUACUACUCAGGUACGGUAAUGGAGUUUGACAAACAAACUGGGUGGUACAGGGUUCUCUACGAAGAUGGUGACUCGGAAGAUCUUGAUUGGCAUGAGCUGGAAGGGGUACUUGUUCCUUUGGAUGUUACGACGACACUUAAGGCAUUGGCACAGAGAGUUGUCAAGAAAGGCAAGAAAUAUGCUCAUAAGUCUGGGAAAACUGCCAAAAUCAAAAGAAGGGCAACAAAAGGAAAUCUUACAGAGCCAAUGUUAUCGAUACCACACUGUCGCCAUCUCGUUGUCGGGACUUCUAUGUUCGCCAGUGUCAUCUAUCUCCUUCAUGGCAUUGCGUAGUCUGUGCGUCUUCACCGCUGUCGCCUUCAAUGCUACUAGCCCCCAGUCGCUGCCAUGCCUCCUCUGUCUGGGUUCUAUCUUGGCUCCAUCGUGUCGUGCCCCCUUUGUGUCUGGUGUUCUUCUAUUCUUGCUUUCAUGGUGUUGUAUUAAGUUUUAUUUUAUUUUAUUUUGAUUAUUGUAUAUGAAUUUGUUUGUUUUC